ACUGUUUUGGAAUGAAGAUGUGAUAGUGGGCUUAUUUCGUCCAAGCAAUCAGCACUAAGAAUAAAACAGUUUGUUAGUAGACAUGUUUUGUGUUCCGUUGUUUACCAUGAGUCCAGGACACCAGGACUCCAGGACUCCAGGACUCCAGCCUCCAGGGCCACUCCCGUUGCUUAAAACAGGAUAUCAGAUAUCUUUCUCCAGACUUCCUCGCCGUCUACCGUCUCACCGCCUGAAAUUGCAUCAUCUUUCAUUACCUUAUCCUCAUCUUGCGUUGAAUACCCCAUGAUGCAUCAUCGCCUAAGCCUGUCGGCGCUUGUCUGGGCCAUAUUGUCCCUCCAACUCGUCUCCCUUGCCACCUUGGACCCCGACCCAGCAGUAUCACCAAGCCUCCCCCAAGAUCCCCUCCCCGAUGUCGACGUCCCAGACAUCGAAUACUGGACCGCCAAAGCCGCCUCCUCGGGACGAAGGCUCUGCCACCUGAGACCGCACCCCCGAGACGGAGACGACGUCCCAGCCCUCCUGCGAACCUUCAACCGCCGCUGCCGCCGAAACAGCAUCAUCGUCCUCCCGGGCCCCGUCUACCACAUCAACAGCCCCAUGAACACGACGCACCUCCACAACGUGGUCAUCGAGCAAUACGGCCGUCUCCUCUGGAGCGACGACAUCGACUACUGGCUCAGCGUCUCCAUGCCCAUCGGGUUCCAGAACCAAUCCACCGUGUGGAACUUUGGCGGCCGCCACGUCAUCUGGAACGGCCACGGCGUCGGCACCAUGGACGGCAACGGCCAGGCGUGGUACGACUGGAACCGAAACCGCGGCAACGCGCCCCGGCGGCCGAUGAACAUCCACCUCGUCGAUAUCCGCGACUCGGUGCUCCGCGGGCUGCGGUUCGUGCAGAGCCAGAUGUGGACCAUGACUUUACAGCGGGCGUUCAACAUCGUGUUGGACGAUAUCUAUGUCAAUAGCACGUCGACGUCGCAGUGGAAUACCCUGAACACGGACGGCGCGGAUACCAUGUAUAGCGACAACAUCACGUUCUCGCGCUGGCGGGUGGAUAACGGCGACGACGCCAUCGCGCUCAAGGCGAACUCGACGAACAUCCGCUUCUACGAUUCCGAGCUGUGGAACGGCGCCGGUAUUGCUGUCGGGUCCAUGGGCCAGUUCCUCGGCCAGCAUGAGGAGAUUCGAGGGUUCCAUGUCAGGAACAUCACCAUGCACAACCCCAUUCGGAUCACGAACGUCAAGACGUGGACGGGGUUGCAGAUUGGGUAUCCGCCGAACGGAGGCGGCGGGGGCACCGGCCAUGCGCAUCAGAUCUUGUUCGAGGACAUUGUCCUCGACAGGACACGAGAUAACCCGCUGCACUUUUGGCAGUGCGAGUCGUACAUCGGGCGGAGUGGCGAGUUUUGCGACACCUCCCGGUUUAAGAUUUCCGACUUUGUUUUCAAGAAUAUAACGGGAUACGCGGGCGAGAAUGUGCGGUUUGGGGGGCGGUUCGUGUGUAGUGCGGCCGCUGGCGGGUGUUCGAAUAUUGUGGUCAAGAAGUGGGAUGUAAGGAACCCCGAGACGGACGAGGUGUUGAAUCGGUGGCGUUGUAAUAAUGUGAACCGUUAUGCCGGUUUUAACUGUACGGAUAUCGAGAAUACGGAGGCGAGGGAGGACUCGAGAGAAAGGGAUAUCUCUCCUGGAGUGGAUCUACGUUGAAGUGGCAGCACGAGAUCUAUCUGUCCAUCUGAUGGCAUCUUGGAGGCGGUAGAUCACAGGCAAGAAGUGACUGUCUGAACUACUGCAGGAGGGGUCAAGAUAUUGUCGAUUUGAUGUAGUUGGAGAC